AUGGGAAGAGCUCCUUGUUGUGACAAGGCAAAUGUGAAGAGAGGACCAUGGUCACCAGAAGAAGACUCGAAGUUAAAGGAGUACAUAGAGAAGCAUGGAACUGGAGGGAAUUGGAUCGCUCUUCCUCAGAAAGCUGGUCUAAAGAGAUGUGGAAAAAGUUGCAGAUUGAGAUGGCUUAACUAUCUCAGGCCUAACAUUAAGCACGGGGAAUUCUCCGACGAGGAAGAUAGAAUAAUUUGUAGCCUUUAUGCUAAUAUUGGAAGCAGGUGGUCAAUUAUAGCAGCUCAAUUGCCAGGGAGGACUGACAAUGAUAUAAAGAACUAUUGGAACACCAAACUGAAGAGGAAACUCAUGGGGUUGCUUCCUUCGGCCCAUCAAAGACUACCACCAUACCAAUCCUCUCCUCAAAACACACCAUCAUUUCCUCCUCACUCACUAUCCUCCUCAAUCUACAGAGACUACUACAACAACUCUUAUCACACCACCCCAGCACAAGCGACAACCUCGUCUUUCACAUGCCUUGAACCAAUUUCCAUUCCAUCAAGUAAUUACACAAGCACAAGCUGCACAACGACCUCCAUCUCUUUACCCUUUUACCAAAACCAAGAGUCCUUGGUUAGUGUCAUUAGUCCCAUGCAGUAUUACCCUAUCACAGACAGCCCCAUGCUUGUGUUUGGAAGUGAAGGAAGUUGCAGCUCCUCUGAUGGAAGCUGUAGUCAAGUUAGCCAUGGGAGAGAGAUCAAACAAGAAGAAAUGGGUCUUCAGAAUUUCAUGUAUGAAGAUCAACACAUGAACAAAAUUAUGCUUAGUCAAGGGCAAGAGGGUAUGAACCAAUGGGCAGAAAAGGCAAAUGGAUGCUAUUUUCAAACGCAAACAGCAUUGGAUUAUGAAUUAGAGGUUAUUAAGCAAAUGAUUAGUAGUAAUAGUAAUAAUGGGUACUUGAGUAUUGAUGAAAACAAGACGGAGGAGAAGGGCAUGUACUACAACUGGUGA